AACGGAAAAAACUGUUGAAAAUAUCUUACAGCCUAUGUACUAAACUAGAUAAAGAAAUGCCCUCUAUCUAGUAUGAUAUUAAAGACCAAAAUCUAACAUAAAAAAGCAUCUGAUUAGCUUCCAUCAUAUAGAAAAAGGUAUUUUUAAAGUCAAGCUGAUAGAUUAGUUAUCUGGCAGUGUAAGAAAAUGUCCUUACUGCCAUGUUUUUGAGUGAGCCAGAGGCCACAAAGCAAGACUUCUAAUGCUCAUUUGAGCUAUCCAAUGAUUCUUAUUGUUCUAGAUCCAAAUUGAACAUAUAGGGAUUUUCAUUGAUUGAAGGAGGGCAGGUUCUGCUGAAGUGACAGUGAUCUAAGAUUUCUUACAUUUGACUGGCCAAAGAUCAUAGAUUUGCCUUAGAAGCUUGACUAGUCCCACUUUUGUUGGUAGUCUUGUAAUAUCUGUUAGAAAAGAAUCCCUCAAGGUAGUAAACAUCUAAACUUUUGUAACGAGAUAUGAGAUAAGUAAGACACAAUGAUGAAAAAAGAAAAAGAUUUGAUGCAGACAUGGGGUGUCUGGCCACAAUAACUAAUAGUAAUCAUCAUUCAUUUACAUAGGCACUUUUUAGCUCCUUUGUCACAUCCAAAACUACAAGUUCCAUUGCCUUUCUUGAAUCUGAUCGUUUAUGAUAAUCACUGUCCAUUUUCUUUCAGAAAUUCAAUAUUCUAUUUUUGCAUUUGAAACAUUUUAUCAUUUUCCUUCAGAAAGAUAUAUGCAGAAGGGUAUUGUUCCAUGUAUGGUAUUUGUGGACGCCGCGGUGAUGGAAAGGUUUUGAACUGUCCUUAUAAUGUCCCUUCUAUGAAGGCAAUUCCUUUUCUUGUGGGAUGCCCAGCAUGCUUGAGGAACUUUUUAAAUCAAAGCCUUUUCAUCAACGUGACUUCUGUGAUGAAGGUCAAUGACAGUUUGACCGUUGAUGGCAUAGAUUUUUAUGUAACUAGUCAGUAUGUAGAGGAGUUAUUUAAUUCAUGCAAGGAUGUGAAAUUUGGGACUAUGAACACUCGUGCAAUGGAUUUUGUUGGUGCAGGUGCUCAAAAUUACAAAGAGUGGCUUGCAUUUGUUGGUCAUCAAGCAAAUCCCAAUGAACCUGGUUCACCAUAUGCAAUAGCCUUUCGAACAAAUCUUAAUGAUUCAGUCAGGAUGAAGCCUAUGAAUGUUACAGUUUAUUCAUGUGGUGACCCUUCUCUUGGCUGUUCAUGUGGUGAUUGUCCUUCAUCUUCUGUAUGCUUUGAUUCUGCUUCACCUGCUCCUCAUGAGAAACAAGCCUGUGCUAUUAGAAUUGGUUCUUUGAAGGUCAUUGGGAUAAUGUGGAACUAUCAUUCUGUGCAAAGGAUAAUAGGCAAAGUAGUCAAAUGUUUGGAUGUUUCAUUAGCAAUUUUGUAUUUUCUCUUAGUUUCUGCUUUUUCAGUAUGGUGUUGGUUACACAGAAAACAAGAAAGAACAGGUCCUUCUAGAACAAAAACUUUGGUGAAUGUUAUGGGUGAAAAUGAGCUCCUUUCUGUUAAUAAGCAGGAAAUUUCUACUCAGGUUACUCAGAUCACUCUUGUGCCUCCAACAGGUGCUCAGCAGUCCAAUGCUACAACAGUAAAGACAUAUGCAGAAGGGUAUUGUUCAAUGUAUGGUAUUUGCGGACGCCGCGGUGAUGGAAAGGUUUUGAACUGCCCUUAUAAUGUCCCUUCUAUGAAGCCAGAUGAGUUGUUGUCCUUGAAGAUCCAGAGUUUGUGUCCAACAAUCACGGGCAAUGUCUGCUGCACUGCAGAUCAGUUUGACACAUUACGAGGGCAAGUCCAGCAAGCAAUUCCUUUUCUUGUGGGAUGCCCAGCAUGCUUGAGGAACUUUUUAAAUCUUUUCUGCGAGCUCUCUUGCUCUCCAAAUCAAAGCCUUUUCAUCAACGUGACUUCAGUGAUGAAGGUCAAUGACAGUUUGACCGUUGAUGGCAUAGAUUUUUAUGUAACUAGUCAGUAUUUAGAGGAGUUAUUUAAUUCAUGCAAGGAUGUGAAAUUUGGGACUAUGAACACUCGUGCAAUGGAUUUUGUUGGUGCAGGUGCUCAAAAUUACAAAGAGUGGCUUGCAUUUAUUGGUCAUCAAGCAAAUCCCAAUGAACCUGGUUCACCAUAUGCAAUAGCCUUUCGAACAAAUCUUAAUGACUCAGUCAGGAUGAAGCCUAUGAAUGCUACAGUUUAUUCAUGUGGUGACCCUUCUCUUGGCUGUUCAUGUGGUGAUUGUCCUUCAUCUUCUGUAUGCUUCGACUCUGCCUCACCUGCUCCUCGUGAGAAACAAGCCUGUGCUAUUAGAAUUGGUUCUUUGAAGGUCAAAUGUUUGGAUCUUUCAUUAGCAAUUUUGUAUUUUCUCUUAGUUUCUGCUUUUUCAGUAUGGUGUUGGUUACACAGAAAACAAGAAAGAACAGGUCCUUCUAGAACAAAAACUUUGGUGAAUGUUAUGGGUGAAAAUGAGCUCCUUUCUGUUAAUAAGCAGGAAAUUUCUACUCAGGUUACUCAGGUAUCUGAAGAGGCUCCUCCAGUAGUUAAAAUGCUGCAUCCCUCUUUUGUUCAAGGACAUAUAUCAAAUUUCUUCAGGAUUUAUGGAUCCUUUGUCUCCAGAAAUCCAACGCUGGUUUUGUGUUUAUCAAUGGCCGUUCCUCUUCUCCUUUGCUUAGGUCUCCUCCAUUUCAAGGUUGAGACACGACCGGAAAAGCUCUGGGUGGGUCCUGGAAGUAGGGCUGUGGAGGAAAAGCAAUUUUUUGAUAGCCACCUUGCCCCUUUUUAUAGAAUUGAACAGCUCAUCCUAGCCACUGUUCCAGUUUCAAAACAUGAUAAGCCACCUAGUAUUGUGACCGAUAAAAAUAUAAAGUUGCUUUUUGAAAUACAAAAAAAGAUUGAUGGUCUACGGGCAAAUUAUUCUGGAUCUACUGUAUCCCUUACUGAUAUUUGCUUGAAGCCGCUUGGUGAAGAUUGUGCCACUCAGAGUGUACUGCAGUAUUACAAAAUGGAUCCAAAAAAUUAUGAUGGUUAUGGCGGCGUAAACCAUGCUGAGUAUUGUUUUCAGCAUUACACUUCUGCAGAAACAUGUCUAAGUGCAUUUCAGGCUCCUCUGGAUCCAGCGACAGCAUUAGGGGGAUUUUCUGGUAGUAAAUACUCUGAGGCUUCUGCUUUUGUGGUGACAUAUCCAGUGAACAAUGAAAUUGACAAAACUGGCAUGGAGAAUGGAAAGGCUGUGGCUUGGGAAAAGGCUUUCAUUCGUUUAGUAAAGGAAGAGCUAGGGCUGAUGGUUCAGCUGCAAAAUCUUACUCUUUCUUUUUCAUCAGAAAGUUCUAUCCAGGAAGAACUGAAAAGAGAAAGUACUGCUGAUGCAAUAACUAUAGCGGUAAGCUACCUUGUGAUGUUUGCUUACAUAUCUUUCAUGCUGGGUGAUAGUCCUCGUAUGUCUUCCUUUCUUAUUUCGUCUAAGGUAUUGCUUGGCCUGUCAGGAGUUGUUCUUGUUAUGCUUUCUGUUCUUGGAUCAAUUGGAUUCUUUAGUGCCAUUGGAGUUAGGUCAACACUCAUUAUAAUGGAAGUGAUUCCCUUUCUUGUUUUAGCUGUUGGAGUGGAUAAUAUGUGUAUCCUUGUGCAUGCUGUCAAACGCCAACCACUAGAGUUGCCAUUAGAAGGGAGGAUAAGUAAUGCGCUUGUGGAAGUUGGACCAUCAAUUACUCUUGCUAGUUUAUCCGAAGUUGUAGCCUUUGCUGUUGGUAGUUUUAUCCCCAUGCCGGCAUGCCGUGUGUUCUCCAUGUUUGCUGCAUUAGCUGUUCUUUUGGAUUUCCUUUUGCAAGUUACAGCAUUCGUUGCAUUGAUAAUCUUUGACGCUUUAAGAGCUGAAGAUGAUAGGGUUGAUUGUGUUCCAUGUAUUAAACUUUCAUCUAGCACUGACUCUAAUAAUGGUGAUAGCCAACGAGAGCUUGGAUUGCUAGCACACUAUAUGAAGGAUGUCCAUGCGCCUAUUCUUGGUCUUCUUGGAGUUAAAAUUUUAGUGAUCGCUGUAUUUGUUGGCUUUGCUUUGGCAAGCAUUGCACUGUGUACUAGACUUCAACCUGGUUUGGAGCAGAAAGUUGUCCUUCCCCAAGAUUCGUAUCUUCAGGAUUAUUUUGAUGAUCUUGCAAAGUAUCUUAGAGUGGGACCACCAUUGUAUUUUGUCGUGAAGGACUUUAAUUACAGCUUGGAGUCGAGGCACACAAACAAGAUAUGUUCCAUCAGCCAAUGUGAUUCAAACUCUCUCUUGAAUGAGAUUGCAAAAGCAUCAUUGAUACCUGAGUCAACUUACAUUGCUAAGCCUGCUGCUUCAUGGCUUGAUGACUUUCUUAUAUGGCUAUCCCCAGAAGCAUUUAGUUGCUGCCGCAAGUUUGUGAACGGGAGUUACUGUCCCCCUGAUGAUCAGCCUCCUUGCUGUCAACCUGAUGAAGGAUCAUGUGGCAUGGGUGAAAUUUGCAAAGAUUGUACCACGUGCUUCCGUUAUUCAGAAUUACAUAAUGGCCGUCCGUCUACGGUACAGUUCAAGGAAAAGCUCCCAUGGUUUCUCAAUGCAUUGCCAUCCUCAGAUUGUGCUAAGGGUGGCAAAGGAGCAUACACCACUAGUUUGGAUCUCACUGGUUACAAGAGUGGAAUUAUUCAAGCAGCAUCAUUUCGUACAUACCAUACUCCCCUUAAUAAACAAAGUGACUAUGUGAACUCAAUGAGAGCUGCACGGGAUUUCACUUCCAAAAUUUCUGAUUCCUUGAAGAUGCAAAUUUUUCCAUACUCGGUGUUCUAUGUAUUCUUCGAACAAUAUCUUUAUAUAUGGAAGACAGCUUUGAUCAACAUUUCUAUUGGUCUUGGUGCUGUGUUGGUUGUUUGUCUUGUCAUUACCUGCAGCUUAUGGACUUCUGCAAUCAUUUUAAUAGUGUUGGCAAUGAUUUUGGUUGAUAUGAUGGGAAUUAUGGCCAUCCUGGAGAUCCAACUGAAUGCAGUUUCUGUUGUAAACCUUGUCAUGUCAAUAGGAAUUGCUGUUGAGUUUUGUGUGCAUAUCACACAUGCAUUCUCGGCCAGCAAUGGGGAUAGGCAGACCAGGGUCAAAGAGGCUCUGAGUACAAUGGGCGCUUCUGUAUUCAGUGGAAUUACACUGACAAAGCUAGUCGGAGUGAUUGUCCUGCGUUUCUCAAGAUCAAAACUCUUUGUGGUUUAUUAUUUUAAAAUGUAUCUAGCACUGGUCCUUAUUGGUUUUCUGCAUGGACUCGUGUUCCUGCCAGUGGUGUUGAGCAUUUGUGGCCCUCCUUCAAGGUUCAUUCCUGUCAACAGGCCAGAAAUUCAGCCGACAACCUCAACUCAGCAAAGCUAAUUAAUUUCUAACUUGGUCAAAAUCUCAUAAUGCUGUACCCAUGUUACAUAUAUGGGGCAUUUGAAGCUUGUGUAUCAUGGAACCAUGUAUGUGCAUAUCCAUUUUUUUUGCUUGCAAUAAGGCAUAUGUAGCUUGUAUCAUCAUGUAAACCUGGAAACCAGAUCACAGUGCACGAGCAAAAAGAAAAUGAUUGAACUUGAAACAUCAA